AAUAAAACCAUCCCGUUUAUUUCUCCCGUUGAUUUGACAGUAAGCUCGCCCAUCCAGCCACAACUGAGUACUAGGAAGGCUUGCUUGCGAGUAAACAAGCUCGGACUGCUUAUCUCGUCUCGCUCGCCAACACUAGUCAACGAAGGGAGAGAAAAGCCUCCCACGCGACAGUCCGUUUUACUGAAACCUUUUUCCUUUACUCGUCCUCCCACAAUGAGACAACAGCCCCUCAAAAGAAAGAAGGAAGGAAGGGCUUUUCUACGCCAGCCGGGAACGAGGCCACGACGCAUCCUGCCCCCUUCGUCUCUCACCUGAAAAGAGAAGUCCACGCAAGUCCUCCACCUGCGCUCGCUUUUGUUGAGCUCUCCGAGUGCAGCGGCCGGCCUCUCCUCGAGUUGGGACACCCGCCAUUUCCGCCACAGUCAGUCACCGCCCCUCUGGAGUCCGGAAGAGCGGCGAAUUCUGAAGAAUAACUGAAGUACCUAGAAGCCUUUGUCAUUACUUUAAAGGAACAUGAACUGGUUGAAAAUGAAUGAGGAUCUGAGCUUCAGAAAACUAAUAUAUGGUUCAAAGUGCCCAGAAAAACUGAACUAUGACUUUAAUAAAAACGGUGAGCUUAGGCAUGUAGAUACCGAUGAACCUUUUAUUUUUAAUUAUAACAAUUCAUGUGAUAGUAAUCAUAAACGUUAUGAAGUUCUUGGAUACUUAAUUACACAGUAUGUUUAUGAACUUCUGGAACGGGUUUGCAAAUUGCAAAAAAUUUACAUCCCAAUAGAUGCUCUAGAGAAUGAGCCUAAGAGUUUCUUUUUCAUGAGUGAGAAUGUAUUAAGAAACUGCACAACUCUAGUUGUUCUUCUUCAAGAUCGGGGAGUCUUUCAUGCUGGUCAGUGGGAUCAAAAGGCCACAAUUCAUGAAGGGCUCCAACAUGGAACUCAAAUACCCUUCAUUACAAUGGCACUACAGAGCAGUUGGGAAGUGAUUGUGCUAAAUCCCAAUGACAAUUUCCUUGAGCUGAAGACAGAAGAAAAAUCCUGUUGUGUUUUAAAGUCAACACAUGUAAUUCCCAAGAAAUACAACAGUAGCCCUGAAGAGCAUACAGUGUAUGUUUGGGACCAUUUCAUUUCAAAGAGCACAGCUGGGAAGGUGGCCUUCAUUGCUCACGGCUAUGGAGGAUUGGUUUUCAUUAACUUGCUCAUGCAAAGAACUUCUGAGGUUAUGAACAAGGUAUAUGCUGUAGCACUUGUUGACUCUGCUCACCACACAAUGCACCAGACACAAGGUAACUGCCAAGUGCAGGAAUGGAUCCAGAAGCAUUGCCGGAAAUGGGUAUCAAAUAAUAAGCCUCUAGAUAAAGCAGUAGGCCAUUCCAUGAACAAAGAUUGUCCUACAGUCUCUGCAGGAACUGAAAAGUGUAGUCUUGCUCUUUCCUCUAGUCUACAGUCCAUUUUCAAAUAUCUUAAGAAUGAACUGAAAGUCAGUGCUAAAGCACACCUUAUUCGUUCUCCUAUUGGAACAAGGAGUAGAAAAGUUAUUAAAAAAACUUAAACUCAUGUAUUACUCAUAUUCCUCUGUCAUCAGUAAAAGUGGCAUAUUGCCUUAUAGCUGCUGUAGCUCACCUUUGUGGCAUUACCUGUAUGUGAUUUAGACAUGAAAAAGAAUCACUAUAAUAUUCUGUUAAGUCUGUUUGAAUUAUAGUUACAUUUUAUUUCAAUGGAAACUUGUGUUUAAGUUUUUACAAUACAAUAAAAUGGUUUAUGGGAAA